AUGGAGAAAAAUGCAUCAACUCCCAACCAAACUAAAGGAAACACAUCAACAGAUUCUAGCUCUGUCCAAAAUCAAAACUCAAAAAACGAUAGUCAGCCAGCUUCUUUAAAUUCAUUUAAUAGUGAGCAAGAUACUGUCGAUUCUUUCCCUUUCAAUCCAUUUUCAUCUACAGCAAUUAACGAAACUCCUUCUCCAGUGCAACCUCAACAAGAUAUUCCUCCGAUACCAAAACCACAAAAAUUAAGGGUUUCAAUUCCAUAUUCUGUAAUCGUUUCUCCAGAAAAUGUUGCUCCUCUGCAUCUUCAAAUCGAUCCUGCAGAUGAUUCGACGACUUAUACUGAUAUGCUUGAGCUUGCUGAAUCAGAAGCUUUUACAGAAGGUGCUUUCGACUUUACAGAGCUUGCAACUCAAGAUGAUCCAAUGUCUUCUGCGGAUGCCGCGUUUGCAUUUUUGAAGCAAAUCAAUGCUCAGUAG